GCAAUGAUUAUCAUGGGAAUUGGGGAAUUGUUUUUUUAAUUCAGGAUGCGAUCGGAACACCCACCCCGAAAAAAAGAAGAAAAAAAGAAAGAACGAACUAUGACAUGAAUUCAGAGUUGACUAAGUGACAUUUCUUCACAGAGUUUCUCUCUGUAUUUCCCAACCAACAUUUUCUUUGCAGAAAGAGAUGGGAGAGAGAGAGAGACACACACACACACACACACAGAGCAAAGAGUGAAUAAACAGAUUCAAAAAUGGCCCAGACUUCCACUGAAGUUGAUUCUGCUAUUGAAGAACUGGGAAGUUUAGAAAUUCAAUCUGGCUUCUCUGAGGUUCUUGAGCAGGGGUUAAGCUCCCUGAUUCUGUUUAUUUGUUGCCUAAUUUAUUGUGAUGUGGAAGAUGACGAGGAGGACAUCAGUGAUGCUGAUUUGACUUCUGCAGUUGUUAGCGUACUGGAAGAAUGGAUAGAUGACAUUGAGGAUUUAGAGGAUUUAGAGGAUCUCGAUUCUUUGGUUCCUACUUUGCUAAACAAAUUUGAGGAAAUUGCGCCCCAGAUCAGACUCCUUUGUGCUGUUUUCCUGGACGCAGUAGAGUCCACGUCUUUCUCCAGUGAUGGUAUCCUAAAAUUUCUAGCAUGUGUUGUUGAGAGUUUCCAAUUUCUUGCCAACUUGAAGGCUGAUAUCAUUGUUCCUGUGAAGAACCAAAUCAUGGUUCUGGCAGAAAGGUUGAGUUUCCUGGGAGACCUUGUGGAUUUCUCGGCAAAAAGAUGCAUCCACCAUCAAAAACUCAAGGAUUUAUUGGAUUGUGUGAAGGAAAGGAUGCGGCAACUUUGUCCCUUUCCUGUUUGUUAAAAGGAAAGGAUGCACAGUUGGACCAAGGAAUGGAAAAGAUGUUCUCUGAUCUACUGGAGAUGAUUAUCCCUCGCGCACCGGAGGUUGUAGAGAUGUUCAUAGGACUCCUGGAAGUUUCAAAUCCAUCGAGAUCUGACAAGUUUCGAGUGGGUGAAAUUGUCGUCCGGCUUGUCGAUUUUCUACAAGAAGAUGUAGCUGACCCUUUGAAACAUCAUGUCGAAAUGCUUAAAGAGGGGAUUGUAAUCAUGAUAACCUUCUUCAUGAAUCCGGCAAAAGAAUCUGUAACAGACAAUGGAGAUGGACUUCUGUCACGAAUCAGUGUUGCCGUCAAUGAGGUACUCUUACUCAUUUGUUCCCUCAGCUUGGAUGACUUAAAAGUGAAAGUUUCUUAUCUCCAAGAAAAGAUUGAAAUAGCGAAUGCAGAUAUUAGAAAAGUUUAUUGUCCGAUUUUGAUGAAUUCGUCAAACUCCAGCGUCCCAACAACCAAUGGUAUAGGAUUCAUGGAUUUCUUCUUGGAGAACCUGGAGAAGAUGGUGAAACAUAACCCCACUAGAAUUUGUUUUGCAAAGCAUCAACUUAUGAUGAUCCAUGAGCAGUUUCUUUCCCUUAAACCUCUGCUCCAUGAUAUCUUGAAGAUGCAACCAGAGACAGGAGACCUAAAACUUCUUCAGAAACAAAUUAUCAAUUUGGUGAUCCUUGCAGAACAUGUCACCAACUCUUGUUUAAUGAUAGAUCAUCCGAUUUGGUAUGAUUUGUUGCAGCUUUCCCAAGUAAUACAUGCGAUGAAACUCAUUGAAAUUGAGGUGAAGAAGUGUAGUGAUCAUCAAAAGAACAAGACAGGGUUAACAAGUAGUAUAGAGACACAUUCUGGUCAAGUUCUCAAGAAGCAAGCAAAUCCUUCAAGCCUGCAAGAUGUUGUGGUGGGCUGGGAAGAUGAGUCAAAGACGAUUGUGGAUAAACUUACAAGAGGGACUACUCAGCUUGGCAUUGUCUCUAUUGUAGGUAUGCCUGGCCUCGGUAAGACCACUAUAGCCAAGAAAUUGUACAAUGAUCCAUCUAUCGAAUUUCACUUUCAUUGCCGUUCAUGGUGUUGUGUUUCCCAAGUGUAUAACCCUAGAGAGUUGUACUACGACAUUUUAACUGAUGUUAUCGGUGUUGAAGCUCGCCAAGUCUACUCCAGCUGCACUGACAAUGAUUUGGCCGAAAAACUCAGGAGAAGUUUGAAGCAGAGAAGAUAUCUCAUUGUUUUGGAUGACAUUUGGGACAUCGAGGCAUUGAAUAGUAUUAAACUUUCAUUUCCGGAUGACAAAGUGGGGAGUCGAAUCAUGUUUACAAGCCGAAUUCAUGAUUUGGCGUCACAAGCAAAGCUGAAGUGCAGUCCUCAUCAUCUUCGAUCACUUUCAGAUGAGGAGAGUUGGGAGCUAUUGCAACUAAAGCUGUCUCAUAAUAAUUUUAGUUCCUCGUUUGAUGAUGAACUAUCGGAAAUAGGUAAAAACAUUGCCAGGAACUGUAAAGGUUUACCCCUCGCUGUUGGUUUGGUUGCGGGUAUCUUGGCAAGCAAAGACAUAAAAUUCUGGAAGCAAAUUGAAGAGAAUACAUACUCACAAAUGGUGAGUGAAGGGUGCCUGGAUGUGCUUGAACUAAGUUACAAGCAUUUGCCAGACAAUCUAAAGGCGUGUUUCCUUUAUUUCGGAGCAUUCCUUAAUGAUAGAGUUGUUAGAGCCGGGAAGUUGAUGAGUUUGUGGAUUGCAGAAGGAUUAAUACCAAGAAGUGGUGAUACAACAAAUAGCCCACAUGAAGUGGCAGAGGAGUACUUGUCUAAUUUGAUCAGUCGAAGUUUGGUCAUACUUGAAGAGAGAAAUUCCAAUGGUGGUGGUAUAAAAACAUGCCGGGUUCAUGACCUACUAAACAAUCUGUGUCAGGUGAAAAUAAGAGAAGAAAACUUUCUACAAUGGGUGAAUGACAAGGAUGUUUAUUCUUUUCCCUUGAAUUCUAGCAAGUAUGAGAACUAUCGCUUGUGCAUUGAUGCAGAAUGGACCAAGUUCGUCAACACUAAACCUUCAGGUUCGUUCGUCCGCUCUUUACGCCUUGUUGGCGACUAUAAUCUUCUUGAAGUAUAUCCAUGUCCUUCUGUUGUUCUUGAUAGCUUUAGACGUCUUAAUGUGUUGGACUUGGAAUGCAUUGUAAUACAAGGUCCUUUUCCUCGAAAAAUAACAAGGAUGGUUCAUUUGAGAUUCCUAGCGAUUCGCUGCGAUGCUGGACAACUUCCAUCAUCCAUAUCCAAUCUAUGGAAUCUAGAAACCUUAAUUUUGAAAGACUCCAGGUAUGUUACAUUGCCAGAAACCUUUUGGUUGAUGAAAAACUUGAGGCAUGUACAUAUUGAUGGGCUCCGGUUAGAAGGUCUUAAGGAUCAUGAGUAUGGUGAAUUAGGGAACAUGGAAGUUUUAUCAACACCAUAUCUUAAUUCCGGAGAGGAAACUGAGGAAUUACUCCGAAGGUUGCCAGGGCUUCUAAAGCUCAAGUGUUAUUUUGUCGAGAGAGAUUCCUCCGGUGAACUCUUUAAGUUUCCAGAACUCAGCCGUCUAACUCAUCUUAAAUCACUGAUUGUGGAGAACUACGGAGAAGUAUUCUUUGGGGUAAAUUACGAUCAAUUUCCGGCUUUUGAUUUUCCGAGUAGUCUCAAAGAAUUGAGGCUGGAAGUGUUCAGUCUACCAUGGAGUGCAAUAUCCAUAGUCGGGCAGUUACCUAAUCUGGAGGUUCUCAAGUUAAAUGAAGCAUUUUCAGGAAUAAGGUGGGACGUGGAAGACGGCGAAUUCUUGAACCUCAAGUACUUGGAGCUUCAAUGGCUGGAUGUUGAAGAAUGGAGAGUACAAGAUGACCCAUUCCCCAGCCUUGAAGUCCUUGUAAUGACAUUCUGUCAAAAUCUUGAUGCGAUUCCAUCCGGUUUAGGAUACAUUCCUACCUUGAUCAAGAUAGAGAUGCGCUGGUGUUCUGAUGCCUUAAUAAGAUCAGCCUGGGAAAUUCAGGAAACGGGAAAUGGCAUCCCUGAAGUUGUCAUUCGUGGUAGUGAGUUUCUGUAGGUAAGUUGUAACUGCUUUAUUGUCAUAAAAGGUAAAAACUGUGCGAUUGAAGUUAGUUUGCUGACAUCCCCUUUGUCUAACACAUCCAGUUCUUUUUUUGGGCUAAUGUAAGG